GUGCCGGGCACGCGGGCGGGGGUAGGAGGGGUGCAACGAACCCUCUCGCCUCGGCUCGAGUCUACGGAGCACGGAGUUGUGUUCGAAUCAUGGCGACACCCGACCCCGUAGACCCAGCCACCCUAGAGAUUAAGACCCGUAGCAUAGAACAGACACUACUCCCGCUAGUGAAGCAGAUUUCCACGUUAAUCUCGCAUAGGGAACGGCCGCUAUGCUCGGACCGGAGUUUGCGAGCGGUCGCCAGGGUCGGCCAGGCGGUAAAUUUGGCGGUCGAGAGAUUCGUGACCGUCGGCGAAACUAUCGCGGACGACAACCCGGAAAUCAAGCAGGAUAUGUACGAGGCUUGCAAGGAGGCGAGGAUUGCCGGUUCGGCGAUCGAGAAAUUGUGCGAAUGUGCCUUGGAGGACAGUCUGGCAGACCGAGGUUCCGUCGUGAGAGCUGCCAGAUGUCUCCUAGGCUCAGUGACAAAAGUCCUCCUCCUGGCGGACAUCGUCGUGGUCAAUCAAUUGCUCCACGCCAAGGAUAAAGUCGCCCGCAGUCUCGGACGUCUCGAGAGCGUUUCGAAUUUCACGGAAUUCGUCAAGGCGUUCAGCCAAUUCGGAGGGGAGAUGGUCGAGCUGGCGCAUUUAACGGGCGAUCGUCAGAAUGAUCUCAAAGACGAGAGGCGACGCGCGCAGAUGGCAGCGGCACGACAAGUGCUAGAAAGGAGCACCAUGAUGCUUCUCACGUCCAGCAAGACGUGCUUAAGGCAUCCCGAAUGCCCGUCCGCGAAGGAGAACAGAGACACCGUUUUUUGCCAAAUGAGAAGAGCGAUGGAUCUGAUACAUUAUGUCGUCAAGGACGGGGUAUUGGAGUGCAGCGAAUCUCAAUCCUACUCGAAUUCACAGAGUCCGCAGCAGGAAGACUGGGACAGCAGCACCGUUUGCUCGGCAUUGAAACACUUCGAGAGGCUCGUUGAAACAACAAGGAUGACCCUGUUGGGACCGGGCUGCCGCGAGACACUUACGUCGGCGUUAGAAACAGUGGUGGAGAGAACGCAGGACUUCACCGACAGCGCCUACACGAGCCACGAACACAGAGAAAACAUUCUCCUACUUUGCGAUCGUGCAAAACUCGAGCUCAAUACACUCCUACGGAUCGGUAAUAGCAUGAAUUACGAGGGCGGGGGUUCACCGAGCUCCGAGAUGGAACAAGCGGUGAUGGGUGUGCUGCGAGCGACCAGAGAUCUCCGCCAGCAGCUCAGCGCGACGACGAUGGAACAAGCCGGCGAUCUUGGCCAAGUGACAAAAGCCGGCCAGGAGCUCGUGUCAACGAUCAGAAAUCUCGCGUUGGCCAAUGACAUCGAACGUCUGCAGGAGAGCAGCGACAGGUUCCACGAGUACAUCGAACACAUUCUCGAAGUAUGUAAGCUUCUGAGACACGUUGCGCUUUCGGAAUCGUUGCAAGUGUCGGCCAAGUUUACGGAAAUCAAUUUGAGAAUAUAUGGUCCUCAAGUCGUAACGGCUGCGCACACGCUAGCUAGGCAUCCCACAAGUAAGAUUGCCAAGGAAAAUCUCGAAGUAUUCGCUGACAUGUGGCAGUGGCUCAUGACUGACGUGACGACGGUAGCGAAAGACGUCCUGGAACUCAGUCAAUGUCGGCCAGAGAAGCAAGUUUACAUGUCCUUGCCACGACCAGGAAAACAUGGUACGACGAGCAAACCAUUGAAACCAGUGCGAUUGGAUAGCGAGGAGCAGGCGAAGAUAGCCAAGGCGGGUCUCGAGAUGAAACUAAUCACUUCGGAGAUGGACGCCGAGACGGAAAAAUGGCAAGAGAGCGGAAGCGCUCUGGAAGAGAACAACGAUAUUGUGAAGCGGGCAAAGAACAUGUCAUCGAUGGCAUUCUCGAUGUAUCAGUUUACUCGAGGCGAAGGCGCAUUGAAGACCACCCAGGAUCUGUUCACUCAAGCUGAGUAUUUCGCCGAGGAGGCGAACAGAUUGUACAAGGUUGUGAGACAAUUCAGUUACCAGGUACCAGGUGGACCGCAUAAGAAAGAACUCCUGGAAAAUCUGGAUCGAGUGCCGACUUACGUUCAGCAAUUACAAUUCACCGUGAAGAAUCCUACCGUCGGCAAAGCCGCCACAUUUACAAAAGUUGACAAUGUCAUACAAGAAACGAAAAAUCUCAUGAAUGUAAUCUCGAAGGUGGUCACAACAUGUUUCGUCUGCGCCACAAAGUACAACCUGGAUUUCCGAGGUCUGUCGGCGCGCGGGGCCGGCGGCUCGCCGUACAGGGGCGGAGAGGGCGGGGGAGCUGACGGCGACGGUGGCGGAGUUGGCGCCGACGGCAGCAAGACGGGCUCCGUCCCCGGCAGCGACCCGUCCGUCUGACAGUUUGGGAUGGCCCGACGGGCCAAGGGGGACGCUCGCCGCACCCGGGUUUCCUUUCUGCUUUUCUAGGGAGAACCUCCUCGCCUGCCCCAUCAACGGAGCGCGUACACGUCGACCGGAAGUCGCGGGACCGCCGCCGCCGUUACUGUCAUAUCGGCGACGAAGUCCCGCGUCGGCCGUGUGUCGAAGUUAUGUAGUAUCUUAUUCGGAGGUGCCUCGCCUGGCCGGGACAUACUCGUAGCCGCUAUCGGCGAUUUAUUGCGCGUAUUAACGGUACUCGAAAGCUGAAGAACGGGUGAAGAGAGUAGCGUUCCUCUGGACGCCCUGAUGAUUUGUCGACGAGAAUGGAUUUCAAUCAAAAUGCCUUUGCGACGCUAAUGUAAAGCGAUCGCAAGUGUUAAUUGUACGAGAGAGACAUUGCUGGUCUCGAAAUGUUAGAAUUUGCUCAGCCACGCUGACACCCUCACGUUUCGCGAUCAGGAAUCGCAGGACUUAAUCUCAUUGUCAGUAUUGAUUAAUGGCUCAAAAAGAUGGUAAAUAUGCUUAAAAUAUUAUGCAACGGUUCGAUGUGCUUGGACAAUCGCUUGACGAUACAAUAUAGGAAGAUGCUUGGCUAUGUCGACGUGUACGUUUCGCUAGAUCAUUUUAUCGCGCGUACUUUCUGGUUUCUAACAAUGAGAGAAACAAAUUUAUACGCCGCUGUUUGUCUCAGAUGCGAGCGCGUUUUUACUCGAAAGCGGACGAGCUUGGGAGCACUUACAUAUUUAACACGGUCGAGUUCCGUCACGCUUGACGACCGAGGAAAAGCGAAGAGUUAAGCCGAGCUGGCAUCACAUGGAGUCGAGUGCGAAAGUGGCGGAUGAAAAAUGUGCGCGUCUAUAUGAUUUGCGAAAUUGUUUGCUUUGAUACUCCAAUCAUCUGAUCAUUUUAAUCGCAGCCAUAAAUUUGCUAAAAAUAUAGAACAAAAACCGCUUUUGCGCGAGCAAUGAAAUUCUUUUAUUCAUCUUAGCGUAACCGAAUUACGUCCUUCAGCGAUAAAGUUUCUCAAAAUGAGGAUACAAUUAAACACCUGCGGCGGCGUUACAAUUUCACCGCAGCUGCGUCAAUAACAUGUUUCACUUUCGCGUUGUUACUCUUGAUUUUAAGAGAUUCUCUAAUUAAAUCACAAAAUUAUAAAAUUAAAUACCAACCCAUGAUUUUGAACUAUGAACUGAGACAGCUUAUUUAAUUCGUAGUACGUUUUAUUACGAUGUUAAAACGUCGGAUAUACUUCCGGUGUAUAAAGACGCGAACACGGAGUUUCGAGAAAAAAAAACUUUUCCGCCGACAUAUGGCUGCGCACAAAACAAAUUGUUCUUCCAUAUCGAGAAGUUGGUGCAACGACAAUAAUUAACAAAUGUCGAUCGCAGUGCCUUUUUUUAGGUGUGAAAACUUUGUCGAAACUUUUGCCGAGAUCAACCUCGGCUUCCGUGUUACGCCAACUUCGGUGAAUAGAUUUCGCACAGGAUCGCAUUACACAUAUAGUUACAAGAAGGAUAACUCGCGCAUACAUACAUAUACAUAUAUGCAUACAUCUGCAUAAUUGUAGCGCGUGAAACGUAAAAACGUACUGUGCAAAAAUUUAAAAAGCUCUCCGCUCGAAAGCAAGCGGAUGAAAAGCAGCGUUUAAAAAAAAAAAAAAAACUUUUGAAAAACCACGCGCCGACGAACGGCUUUCCCCUCUUUUGCAUUAUACUCCAUUCGCCAACUAAUUAGAGAAAUUUGAACGAUGGCAGUCUAAAGUUUAUACGAAUCCCACCCGUGUAAGAGAUACUUUCCCUACACAUUCGUUAACGCAUCUCUUCUAACACCUGCCAUUCUUCAGAUUUCUCACAUCGUGCUAUUGACAGCUCCACACAUAAUAAAAAAAUAUGAUCUUUGAGCAUUGACUUUGCAGUCAAGAAUCGUUUUGGGCGAAAAAAAAAAAAGAAAUAAUCGCAGCAAGAGACCGCUGCAGUAUUCACGAAACGAAAUAACGAUACUUAUAACCGAUUAAUUAAUCGAGAAAUAGAUGAAAAGACACUCGUGGGGCAGGAGGUGGUCUAUCGAGGGUAACCUGGGGGCGGCAACAGGGCGGUCAGGGACGUACUUUGUGGCAAAGACACACAUAUUCACUAACCAUUCGAGAUUGCAUGCUUGCAGUAUCAGCCUAAUUUCCGCCGCUCGUACGAAACAGACUGUCCGAUUUGACAUUUGUUGUCGCGAAAUAAUGCGAAAUAUUUCACUCGCGAGAGAAACCGCAGCCGAAUUCUCUCCAAGAUCGUUCUUAAAUCGGAUAUUUCUGACGCAUUGCGAUUGCACAUAUCGCUAUCAAGAAGCUCCUUCUCGAUGCCACAAAAAGAAAUUAAACAAUGAUAAUGAUCAUGCAGAAUCAUCUUUAAGAUCGUUAUGAGUCUUUCACGGAAGAAAUUCAAAUCUAAAUAGAGUUUAUUGAACGCGAUUUUGAAUCGUACAAUGUAUGUGAAUUAACGACGAGAAUAAUAAUAUGCGCUCACAAAGAACAGCUCGAGUACAUUUUCUUUUUUUUAUAUUUACAGACUAUUCCACGUUCCGCGUUCAGAACGAAUUUCUGGCGAUGAAUAAUAGAACUCGAUUCGAAUCAGGGAAGUGAAUUGCAAUCUGGUGAUUGUAAUCUUCGAGUUCUCUUCGUGAGCGCGAAUAUAUAACGAAUCUCUGGAGAGAUAUCGGAUUGUUCGAAUGUGCGGAAUCGAAAUUAAAUUAAAUAUGAUUUUCUCGAACCGACAAAAUAGGUGCUACAUAGAGAAAUACUUUUCUUCACGGUUUCUUCUCGAUGUAAAGCAAGAUUCACGAGGAGACACGAGGAAAUCUGUCAAACAAUAUUGUCCUGUCUACUACACAAUAUAUGACCGCGUGUUUCUCGGGCGUGACAUCCCGUGGCAAUGAUAACAUCGGCAUUUGUUAUCAUUGUUACGUGCCUUCUCGAAAAAAAAAAAAAUAUAUAUAUAUAUAUAUGAUUUGAUCGCGUCGAAUUGAUCGCGAGAACUGAUCGCAUUGCUGGUAACGAGAUAAAACGUGAGUAAGCGAUUAAUAUAUAAUGUAUAAUCUCUAGCGAUAACCUAGUAUUAUUAAUGUUAAAGCAACAACGUCUGUACAUACAACGUUUAAACGUACGCAAAAAAAAAAUACGUUGACCAUUCGUGCAUUUCACACGUAUGUACCUACGAGUAGGUGCACGAAAGAGAACACCGUUCUGCGUGUGUGUAUUAUACAGAGUUGACACAAAAAAAAGAAAAAAAAAAUAAUUAUUUCACGACGCGAGAGCGCGAGUUUCCGUCGCGAUCGCUCGCGUCAUCGAUUUAACGCUAGAACGCCCGUGCUUUCCUACAUUUCUCUUAACUUUCCCAGAAUUUAUCCGUCAAAGUAUUAUUCUAUUGUCCAAUGAUAUAUACUUUUGCGAAACUCUCCGAGUUUAUAUAACUAAAGUGCUUAUAAAUGGUGACAACUGCAAAUAAUAAUUAUUAAAUUUUUAAUCGUCGAUGGUAGAUGCAUCUUUAGGCGUUUUAGCACUGAAUUUUAUUAAGCGAAAAAAAUAGCUAGAAAACAGCAACGGCACCUCGCAUGGAUCGACCGAGAUAUUCUCACGAGUUCCUAGAGUAGUGAUAUUAAGGAUCGUUGCUGUCAAAGCGCGAUUGAAGGAGGACGAAUCUGCGAAUCGAAAUCUCGCGGAUCCGACAGAGAAAUAAUAAUUUGCACAUUACAACCGCGACAGGUAUACACGAAUAUAUUCACGCAACAACACUUUUGUACAGACUCUGUAUCAUACGUUAUCGCUCGGUCUUUGAAUUACUUAGAAUUUAGGAUAUACAUAUGUUCGUUAAGAUAUAGUACGGUAAGUUUAAAUUUUUUUGUAUAAAACGGCACAAAUAUUUUCUAUGGGGAAACGGGGGCGAGUUCGAUCGUAAGUGUUGAGUUUCUAUUAUUAUUAUAAUUAUUAUUGCCCACUAUGAUCUCCAUUAUCUCGCGCAGAGUAGAUGAUUAUCACACUAAUUAAUCGCGCAGAAGAGAAAUAAGCUCACGGAAAUAUAUAUAUAUAUCGUUAAGUAUAUGUACCUAUACAAUUUCUACGCAAUAAUAUACAAUGUGGUAGUACUUUAUCAUGAAUACUUUAUAAGCACGACAGAGACGAGGGUAGCGUUAAUAGUACAUUCGUAUCAUACAAACAUAUUCGCGAAGAAACAAAAUAAUAAUAUUAUUAAUAUUAUUAAUUAUAAAUUAUAUUUUCUCUCGUGCUAGUUUUAUGAAUCGGUUGCUGAUUUUCGCAUCGAGAUAAUUAGUUAGAUCUACUCGCAUGAGAAUGUGAUAUUAAUUUGACGAUAGAUAAAAUUAAAAGAGUGUGUAAAAUCGCGAGCAAAAUCCCCAUGAUUUCAAGCUCGAUUACCUUUGCGUGAACACGUUGGAAAAAUCACGGUGUUAGAAGGGAUUGUUAAUAGUCUAGACGUGUAUGUUGUUCCCCAAAGAUAAUUUGACGCAUUUAAUAUAAUUCUUAUUGAGAGAUUAAAAAUAAAAUUAAAUUAAAAUUCCUUAUAAAAUUCAUUAAUUUCUUAUGAAAUUCUUCUUCUUUAUCUCCGUUUCUGUAUUACCAGUGUCUCGAAUUAUCUGUAUAACUACAAUCGCGAAUCCAUUUUCUCCUAUAAUUCUACCUCAAUUUUCGGGAUUAGGUACUUUAAAUUUCUUCGAAAAAUUAUUCAUGAUAUACGUAUGCGCAUACUCGUCUCACGUGCGCCCCUAGAUAUAAAGGAUAUGCCAAAACUGUUGCGCUUUGUUUUACCUGUGAUCAAUUUGAAAGAAUUGUGAGAAAAGAUGGCUUUUGAAAUAUAUGACUGAGAAAGAAGCAACUUUAAAUUAAUUAAAAUAUGCGUCAUUGGAAAAAAAAAAAAGAAACAGUGCAAUAGUUUUGGAAUAACCUACAUGUAACGAACAAAAAUGAUAAAGAAAAGAAAUCCAAUAACACCAAGAAGAAUUUUUGUUCUUCAACGCGUACGUUUCGAUAAAAAAAAUAUUUAGUGAAACAAACAUAUGAUAAAGAUGUAUUGCAUAUUGUUUUCAAACGAUCAACGCGACACUUUUCAGCAGGACAUUUUUUUUCUGUUAGUACCUAUGUCCGCAAAAAGAAUUUUUUUACGCAACUACACAUUAAAAAAAAAAAAGAAAAAAUAUCCAUACAACUUUUGGUUUGUGGUUCUUUGUGCAAAUAAUAUGAUCUUGGACACCAGAAAUAUUUAUAUAAUAAUAUUGAUAACUACAAAUGAUAAGAUUAAUAAUGAUAAUUAAUUAAAUAUAAUUAAUUAAUAAUAAUAUUAAUAAGCCAUAGUGCAAAUCUCGAUAACGAUACACAUACAUAUACAUAUAUCGAUAGUAACGACUGUUAUAUUAGUUGGACUAUUUCGUGCCUGUGGUCGAGUAUUAUCGUGUUACGGAAAUAUACCUGUAAUUUGUUCAUCAGCAAAGUCUUAGUUGAUAAACGUAAAAAGUAAAAUUCGUAAUAUAUAUAUAUAUAUAUAUAUAUAUAUAUAUAUAUAUAUAUAUAUAUAUAUAUAUAUAUAUAUACAUAUAUAUUAUAUAUAUGCAGCCUUGCAAAAUGUAUUUGAAUAGGGAAAAUAUAAGCGUAGGGGCGGUCGUGCAAAUGUUUAAGAAAACAUUUUACAACGGUGACUUUACCAUUUUGUACAAUCUAGUGGAUUAAAAUGUGUACUUCGUACUUGUGUGCGCCUCGUACUUUUCAAAUUCAGCGCUCAGAGCAUUCUUAACAUCUCAUUAAUUAUCUCGUUAAUUAGUUAGACAACAUCAAUGACAAUAAUUUCAGCUAAUUACUUGCACGUCGGUCCUCAAGCGCCGCUUUAUUUAUUUUGUCGUUAUUAUUGAUAAUGAAACGGUAAUAGUCGUUUCGAGAUUAAAAACUUUCAAAUUAACAUUCUAUUCAUAUUCAUUCUAGGAAUAAUUAAGAAUGUAAAAAUCAAUUAAAUGUAAACGGCAGAUUCUGCGUAAUUUAGUAUAAUUAUUUUUUGCGAAUUACUAUAAAUAUAAUGAAUGAACCAUUUUCUCCGAUACUUAUCGCUCUUUUAAUUUUUUGGUUUUUUUUUCCGACGUCUUGCAUCACAAUAGCGAAUCGGUGACCUCAUUAAAUGCAAAAUGUAUCAAUAUGAGCUUAUAGUAAUUUAAUAUUUUCCUAAGGACGCCACACAAUUGUUCUACUAUAACAAAAGUUACUAUAAAAAAAAUGUGAAAUGUGUAAAAUUGCACGAACAUUCUACCUUUGAGAAGUAUAAUACAAAGUGCAAGGCCAGUGCAAAUUAUUGUCAAGAAAUAAAAUUUAAAGUCGUCUAUAUAUUUUACUAUCGUGGCUACACGCGCGCGAUUAAUCGAUACUAAUAUGAUCGCGCACAAUUAUAAAUUCACGUAUAUCUAAAUGCAAUUAUCAAAUACGAUACUUUAUAGAAAAACGAUUCAUCGCACUCUCGAUACUCGUGAUAAUCUAUUAUCCACUAGAUGGUCAAUUCAAUGCGAUCUAAACGUAUACGUCGCUAUCGAUUUUUCCCUCGUAGAGUACAGCUAAUAUAAAACUGUAAUCUCUCUCUUGGAUUUUUUCAAACACUUCGCCAAAUGUUCUUUCAUAUUCAAUGUCUAUUUCGUAAUUUGAACGUAUGAAAUCAAUUAAUACACGUAAUUAUACAAUAUAUGGUAGCGCGCAGCUGCGACGGCUAGUAAUGAUGACGAGAUGCUAAAUACGCGAUAAAUCGCUCAUUUGGUAAAUGUCUCGUGAAUUCAUUCGUGAAACGAAUUAAUAUAAACAUAAAAAAGAAGAGAAAAUUUUAUGAAAAUCCGAUUUGUUAAAUUUAUUAAUUUACAUACACGGAAUUAUUUAAUACGCGAAUCAUAAUUCGCUACCGUGGUAUUCUAAUAAUAUAUUCAAAAAAACUAUUGUAUUUUAUAUAAAAAAUUUUAUUUUAUAUUUUAAUUGUAUUUUCUUUCAUAUUAAAAAUGUAAUAUAUGAUUACUAAUGUAAUAUGUUAAAACAAAAUAUUAUAGAAACUAUGCGCAAAUGUAAUUUGUCAUCUUGUGUUUUCGUUUUACCGAAUAACUCGAUAAAAAAAUACCAAGUUUAAAGAUAUCUAUUUGAUAAAGUUAGCGAGCAUGAAAAGUGGAAAACGCGUUUUCUCACGGCAUCCGCCUGUUGGCAGAUAUCUCUCGUGGGGUAACUUGAUCCACGACGAGAUCUUUAGUUGGGUGCAGCGACGUGAUACCGCGGACUUUCCUUCGAAUAAACCUCGUCGUCGUCUGCACCGUCGCACGCGAUAACAAAUCUUCCAUUUCGAGAAACUUACAUUUAGAUGAUUUUUCAAUGAACGAAACAAAAAAAAAACAGGAGUCUCUUGAUAUGAAUUUAUAUACAUAUUAAACAAAGUGUCCUAGUCUAUAUAGCACGAGUACAGCCUUGUGAGACAAAAAUGGAAUCACGACGAUUAAGGGGGAGGGAGGGGGUGAAUGAAUUAAAACGACUAAAUCAUAUGACUGAUACUACCGAAAAGAAUUUUGACCGAUGAGUAAUAAGAUACGUUGCCGGUGUAUAUUAAAAUUUAUUAGACGAGACUUAUUAGACGCGCUUAGAUACUCUCACGCGUAAUAACGGUGUCAUAUUUUUGCGAGAAUAACGUAUCUAGAACUGAGGAAGAACACAGGCAUUAACUGAAAUCGAUUAAUCACGAAAUCGACGACGGAAUCAAAGAACAGAAUUACCGGAGAUUGUGUCAGCGGGGGAUAAAUUUGUAUCGCAAUAAUGACAUUUUUACGACCGCGCGUUUAACGUCUAGAAAUAUAAUCAUAAAUAUAUCGAUUAAAAAUAUAGAUUGACGGAAUCUCGUUGCUUACUGAUUAGAAUUUUGGACGUUGGACGAUUCGAAGAAUUCUUCCCUUUUUUAUCGUGAUUCUAAAAUGAACCUCGCCAGCGGGAUCGUCUUACGGUAUUAAAUAUGAAAAAUACCGCUUACGGGGUUGUGAUUUAAACAAAUAUUUAAUUUUAUUGCAGAAAUAAAUAAAAGAUUUUUUGACCCCAAAUUUGCAAUAUCGCGUAUCUCUACUAAUAUAAUUACGCGCGAUAUAUAUUUUCCUGUACAAUAUAAAUUUUAAACUCCUCUCACUUUUCUCUCAAGCAUUUAUUAAAAAAGAUUAUGUCGCCCUAUUCGAAAAGGAGCUACUCGAAAUGCAGUCGGUACGAUACAUAUCUACAUGUCUUGUGUCUGUUGAUAUUUGUCGAGACGAGUAUCAAAUGUCACAUUAAUACCCACAAAUAAAAUCCCAUCUAAUAAUUUACAUAUAUCCUCCCGAUGUUUGUACGCGUCUCUGGAUACCAUCUCGAAAUCGUUAAAAGAAAUCUCAAUUUCUGACUCUUAUACAUAUACGUAUACUCACAUACGAGCACACACAACAUUCUUAUACGAAACGUUAAAAAUACGUAAACAGAACAUAAUUGCAAUUGACUCGUCCUAGGUUUCCUUACCUUCAUCGUCGUACAAUCGUCGUGAGUGCCAAAUGGACAGGUCGCACAAUAUUUAUUACACCAGAUAUAGGCUCAUUAAUAAAAUGUAACAUUAUUUCGCACAUUCGUUGCUAAUUAACGCAUUCGCGGGCAAAGCGAUGUCUCUCAAACAAUCAAAAUAACAUUUCAUUAUAAUAUUUAGAUUAUCGGUAUAAAAAAUUAAUUUAUUAAAUAUUAAAAAAAAAAAAAACUACUGAUUUAUUCAAUAAUUUAUUUAUAUCCAUAUAUACACAAUUAUUAUUAUAUUUAUUAUUUUACUGAGUCUCUGGGUAUAAAAAUUUUUUUAUCUUUCGAAUUGAUCUAUGAAUCGGUCCUAAGUAACAUAAAGAGAGCACAAUCGCAUUGUCGGCGAACGCAUCGAGUGCGUUAAACUUUGGUAAUGUAUACGGUCUUCCCAUCAAUGUGUGUGUGUGUGUGUGUGCUUAAUGUUUCUACGAACUUUCUUAAAAGCGAUUUUAGCCGCGAAGGCGCGCGCGCAUAGGCGGGCGCGUAAGUAACGGCAAAAUUUCUAUGAAAAUAUGUAUUUCGGUAUGCGAUUUAUCUCUCUCACACACACAAAGGUAGGUUCAGAUGCUUCGCAGUGUAAACGACAAAAAAAAAAAAAUUGAAGAAGACAAAACGCUUACCUACCUAUACAUAUACAUAUAUCAAUAAUUGUCAUUAAUUGAUCGAUAUAUCGAUAAUGAAGCGUUUCAUUUAUAAUGAAAGACAAAAAGUACCGAUUUAGAACACAAUUAUAGCGUAUAGGUAGAUUUCGUACUUCGUAUUUAAUGAUAUUAUUGAAAAAUCAUUAUAUAUCGAGUAUAUUAUAUGUACUGGAAGCUCUGAAGGCAAGAAUGAAAAUAAACUAUUGUACCCCCGAA